UAUCAGAAGCACCCCCGAACAACCGUUCCUUGGGCGCGCACGCCGCCCUCCCUGACAAAUUGCAUUCCCUGUCGCGCAAUCUUGGAUAUUGCUGCAGUAAAUAGAGUGGAGGGGGGAAGAGACAGCGAAUUCUUUCGCUGAUAUUUCCUUUAUCCUCCACUCCGCGGGUCACUCCGGAUUUGAUCGUGAAUUUCUUACUGGCUGGAAGAACAUUGAAGUUCGCCGCGGUCGCCUUCGUUUCGAGGGAGCCCUUAUUUACGAAAUUAGCAAUGAACUGAUUUGAAAAGGAAGGCAAUUUUGAGUGUAUUUAGAGUUCAAGCAAGUUUGAGUGUGCAUUCGUUUCGGUGGCGCGUCGGGGCCUUAAGUCGUCUAGAAAAUGUACCAAAGCCUGGCGCUAGCUGCAAACCAUGGACAGCCGAGCUAUCCCCACGAGGCUUCCGGCAAUUUUAUGCAUUCUUCGGCGGGCUCACCCGUGUACGUACCGACCACCCGGGUCCCAUCUAUGCUGCCCAGUAUACCGUAUCUGCAGAACUGCGAGGCGGCCCAUCAGAGCCACCACCUGAGCAACCACACGGGGUGGCCGCAGUCGGUCAGCGAAAACUCUGGAUUCAAUACCGCUAGCCCGCAUCCUUCCACCACCUUCUCCUACUCCCACAGCCCCCCCAUGAGCCACGGCGCCGGGAGGGAGGCAGCUUACGCCAACUCUUUGGUCAUUGGCGGCAGGGAGCAGUACGGCAAUGCCCUGGUCAGGUCGGUGAACGGAACCUACUCCAGCCCCUAUCCCACCUACGUCGGCCCAGAUAUGACUUCGGCGUGGCCACCCGGGCCCUUCGAGAGCUCCAUGAUCCACAGCCUCCAGGCAAGGCAAGUUUCCAUGUCUGGCCGGAGGUCGAGUCUGGAAAUGUUGGAAGACUUCCCCGAGGGCCGGGAGUGUGUGAACUGCGGGUCCAUGUCUACUCCGCUCUGGAGACGGGAUGGGACGGGCCAUUAUCUUUGCAAUGCCUGUGGGUUGUAUCACAAGAUGAACGGGAUGAACCGGCCACUCAUUAAACCACAAAGGCGAUUGUCCUCCUCCAGGCGUGCUGGCUUGUGCUGCACUAACUGCCACACCUCGACCACUACUCUAUGGAGGAGAAAUGCAGAAGGGGAACCAGUGUGUAACGCUUGUGGACUCUACAUGAAACUUCAUGGGGUACCACGUCCACUAGCUAUGAAGAAGGAAAGCAUCCAGACAAGGAAAAGAAAACCUAAGAAUAUUAACAAGUCCAAAGGUUCCUCAGGUACAGCUUCAGGAACUAAUUCCCCAUCUUCUAUAUCGAACUCCGAAAACGCGUCAACUAUCAAAACUGAAUCUGAUUUGGCCUCAUCUCCGUAUGCUGGUCAAACAGUGGUGCCUGGUUCUCAGGCUCCACCCACAUCAAUGAUAAGUCGUGAGGAUUUGAAUCCUGGCCCUUCACAUUUGAAAUAUGUAAACGAAGAUUAUUCUUAUACCUCAGCCACUGUGAUUCCACAGACUGGAGUUAAUGUUCCACUCAGACAAGACUCUUGGUGUGCCUUGGCGCUGGCAUAAAUUACGCAGUCACUUUUGCAGCUUUUCUGUUUCUAUCAGUGAGUGGAUAACUCAAAUAUCCUAAGGAAUUGAAAGAAAUAACAUGAACCCAGGUAUUUAUACUGUGUAUUUCUAAUUGGUGAAAUGCUACAAAAAAACAUACAUAUAUGAACAUCCCAGCAAACACUUACUUCCAUGUCUGGGUAGAAUAAAUUCCUACAUCCCUGGCAACAAGCGAUCAAGUGAAACAAAUGUAUGCUGUUCAUCUCAAAACUAUGAAUGAAAUCAAAACCAUUUUAAAGUGGCUUCUUGUAAACUAUUUGUGAGUGCAAUUAAUUUCAUUAGGUCAGUAAUUCCAACUGAUCCUGUUAGGCUAAAUAACUUAAUAAUUUAAAGGUAAAGUUUGAACAGAAAUUAUUGUAUGUUAUGUUGAAAUAUUGGCUCUCUCCAUGGACAGAUAUUUCACAUCUGCUUUGAAUAUUUUAUGAUAGAACUUUUUAAAUACUUUGCCUUUAUUGAAAAUAAGAUGAAUUAAUUCAUCUAUAAUCCAUAAAUAUAUAUAAGCAAAAUCAAGGCUUCCAAUCUCUUCAUGGACAUAUUCACAGAUUGUUAAUGGGAAAAUAAAACUGAACAGCAUCUGGCGUGUAAAAUAUCUGUAGAAAAGUUAUUAUACCAAUGCUAAUGUUUUGCAUAUUCAAAAAAUAUAGAAGCUCUAUUUACCUUUGAGACACUGUUGUAAAUAUAUUAUAAAGACACAGUUUUUGAUUAUUGUUGUGCAAGACCUAAACUAGGAGGCAGAUGAGGAAACAGAUAUUUACUAUGGAUUUGUGAACUUGUAAGUUGAACUCUGAGGUACAAUGGAGAAAUAAGCCAUCGCAAAUCUCUUAAACCGUAACUCUAAGCCUUGGCAAAUCUAAUGAUAAGUACACAAGAUACCUCAAAAGAAAUUAAGGGGUUUAGUCUCCAUUAUUGAUCAUUUGUAUAAUAAUCACAUUUUUGAUUCUUCCUUCAUGUUGAAUGGUUCAUUCAGAAUAUUUAUUAGUUGACUGAAAAUUGUACGAUCCAAUGAUGCUAUCAAAUCGAUGGCAAAAGUUGCGUCAUCAGCUUGUGUAACUGGUGCUAAUAAUCGGAGAUAUUGUUUUCCCUUCAAUUUGCUAGAAAUUACAAACUUGAAAAAACUGUGUAUCAAUCUAAAUAUCAAAUGAUGGAAAAGCAUUGAUUGAAAUAAGUGUUCUCUUGGGUUACAGAUGAAUAAUAUGUAUUUUAAUUAUGCAAAAUAUGGCAUUGAAUUGUUGUAUACCAUUACAAAUGACCAACUGCAAAGGACAAGAUGAUUAGUUUUAGAAAAUACAUUAAUGAAGUGAUUUGAACAUCACUAUGACCUGUUAUUGAUCUUCAAUUUAUUGACUGUAUCACACAUUUUUAUACAUUUAUCUAGAGUAUUGUGCACAUUUCAGAAGUUUAAUUAGUUUAUGAUUGAUAUGGACAAGAAAAUGAUUACUUUCAGUACUUUUGCUGUCAAAUGUUUCAUCCUUACAAGGUUGACAAUAAAUACAAAUAAUUUACUGAAUUCUGUUUUGUGGUACAUAUUGAACAUUAUU